UGGAACCCGGAAGUGGGCUGAGCUAGUGGCACCCGGCAGGGGCAGCGUAGCCCGGCUCUGGUGGGCAGAUGGAUGGGAUCCCGUCUCCUCCUGCGCGGCGGUAGGGGUGCCCCGGCAGGGGAGAGGCGCGGGCGGCGGGGGGUGUCCGGGCGCGCACGGCUGGAAUGGUGCUGGCGGCAGCGUGCGGUGCCUGCGUUCUGAGGAGGAAGACUGCGCGGAGCCGCGAUGGAGAUGCUGCUGCCGCCGGUAUGUACAAAACUUUGCCAUCAGAAGCCUGUGGAUCUGAAAGAUGAUAAUACUGAAAAACACUGCCCUGUUACAGUGAAUCCUUGGCAUAUGAAGAAAGCUUUCAAAGUUAUGAAUGAAUUAAGAAGUCAAAACUUGUUGUGUGAUGUGACGAUAGUAGCUGAAGACAUGGAAAUUGCAGCUCAUAGAGUCGUACUAGCUGCUUGCAGCCCUUACUUCCAUGCCAUGUUUACAGGUGAAAUGAGUGAGAGUCGAGCAAAGAGAGUUCGAAUAAAGGAAGUAGAUGGCUGGACGCUGAGAAUGCUUAUUGAUUAUGUUUACACUGCUGAAAUUCAGGUUACAGAAGAAAAUGUACAGGUACUUCUCCCAGCAGCUGGUCUGUUACAGUUGCAGGAUGUGAAGAGGACUUGCUGUGAGUUUUUAGAAUCCCAGCUUCAUCCUAUCAACUGCUUAGGGAUUCGUGCUUUUGCUGACAUGCAUGCAUGCACAGAUCUAUUGAACAAGGCCAACACAUAUGCAGAACAGCAUUUUUCCGAUGUCAUACUUAGUGAAGAAUUCCUCAACCUUGGUGUAGAACAGGUGUGCAGUUUAAUAUCCAGUGACAAACUUACAAUUGCAUCAGAGGAAAAGGUUUUUGAAGCAGUGAUAGCAUGGGUAAAUCAUGACAAAGAUGUGAGGCAGGAGCUAAUGGCACGCUUGAUGGAACAUGUUCGGCUGCCUUUGCUUUCCCGAGAAUAUUUAGUUCAGAGGGUUGAAGAGGAGACACUGGUAAAGAACAGCAGUGCAUGUAAAGAUUACCUCAUUGAAGCUAUGAAGUAUCACUUACUGCCAACUGAGCAACGAGCAUUGAUGAAAAGUACUCGAACCAGACUGAGAACACCUGUAAGCCUUCCAAAGUUGAUGGUGGUGGUUGGAGGACAAGCACCAAAGGCCAUCCGUAGCGUGGAAUGCUAUGACUUUAAAGAAGAGCGCUGGCAUCAGGUAGCUGAAUUGCCUUCUAGAAGAUGUAGAGCAGGCAUGGUGUACAUGGGUGGACUGGUUUUUGCUGUCGGUGGUUUCAACGGCUCUUUAAGAGUUCGCACAGUCGAUUCCUAUGAUCCAGUGAAGGACCAGUGGACCAGUGUUGCUAAUAUGCAAGAUAGGAGAAGCACCUUGGGAGCUGCUGUAUUAAAUGGGCUCUUAUAUGCUGUAGGAGGAUUUGAUGGGAGUACAGGUUUAUCAUCCGUAGAAGCUUAUAAUAUGAAGACUAAUGAAUGGUAUCAUGUAGCUCCAAUGAACACAAGAAGGAGUAGUGUUGGUGUAGGUGUUGUUGGAGGUAUGCUAUAUGCUGUUGGCGGCUAUGAUGGGGCGUCACGUCAGUGCCUUAGUACGGUGGAAUGCUAUAAUUCUAGUACAAAUGAGUGGACCUAUGUGGCAGAAAUGAGCACUAGACGGAGUGGAGCAGGUGUUGGUGUGUUAAACAACUUAUUGUAUGCAGUUGGUGGUCAUGAUGGUCCUUUGGUUAGAAAAAGUGUUGAAGUAUAUGAUCCUGCCACCAAUACUUGGAGGCAGGUUGCAGAUAUGAACAUGUGCAGAAGGAAUGCAGGGGUUUGUGCUGUAUAUGGCCUGUUGUAUGUAGUUGGAGGAGAUGAUGGUUCCUGUAACUUGUCAACAGUGGAAUAUUAUAACCCAACAACUGAUAAAUGGACAGUUGUGUCCUCUUGUAUGAGUACUGGAAGGAGCUAUGCAGGUGUUACAGUUAUUGACAAACCAUUAUGAACAGCAAAAAGAUUUUCAACUUAAUUAUGUACUAAGGGCCGGCUUCAACAAGUGUUUUUGAAGUGACUGAGAAUCAAGGCACUUCUCUACUUGUAGCUGCACAUUAAGUCACAGUGAAAGAUGUGACGGUCUGCAAUUACGUAUGACAGAUAAUGAAGAUUACUCUAGGUAGAAGCAACGUGUAGGAUUAUUCUGCAAUGAGCAGCAGCUGACUGAAUUUUUAUAAAUGCUGGUGGACCACAGUUUUUAUUUGCAAGGCCUUCAAACAAAAAAAUCACUUUCAAAAGGACCAAUUCAUGUCAGUUAUGACUGACAAAUGGAUUAUUCAGUGAAGAAUGAUAAAGUGAUGUGUAUUCUGGUGAAAGUAAAUUUUUGUCUUAUUUUUUCCCAAAGACUAGAUCCAUGAACUGUAAGUCUUCAGGAUGGGUAUUGAAUCCCACCUCAGUAGUACAAGCUGGCAUGGGAGUAAACAUGUUUGUUUUUAUAACAGUUUUCAUUACAUGAAUAUAGUGUGCAUAUAUAUGUGUGUGUGUGUGUGAGAGAGUAUAGGUUGCUUUCCAGUAAUACUCUUCAGAACUUGAUUAUAUUAUUUAUAAUUGGCAAAGUACUUUGAAUUAUGCCAGUACUAUGUUGUAAAACAGAGUUGUAUUUUUUUUUUUAUAACAAUGCUUAACACUACUAAAUGCCAGUUAAAGAAAAUGGAGAAGACACAGCAUUUUUUGAAUGGUAUAAUGCCAAAAUCUUUUAUUAAAAAGUCUAGUUGCCUGUAUUUAUGUAUGAUUUUUCUUUGUUUAAUCUUGGUCAUGUUUAGGUGAAUUCCUUUAUUACCUUUUUAUCAAAAGGUGAUUAUUUGGCAUGAACAUAACUGCAAGUUUAUAAUGAAUGUAUGGAACUCAACUGAGCUUGCAUGGUAUUAAGAACUAUCUGUGUGUACUUAGCUGCUGUUAACAAAUAUGAAAACUUACUGUAUGUGCCCAUGUUUGUACAGCAACUAUCCUUUUUAUUCAUGGAUGACCUUUUAAAUAUGACCAAAACUAUUGUAAUCUUUGAGCUAUUUUCUUUAAUUAAUAAAAGUUUGUAUUUUUGUUUCAUAAUGUUAAUGAGUUGGUUAAAACUUGUUUUGAGAAACAGAAGCUUCACAACAAAUACCUUUCAGAGAUCAACAAACAGUCAAAAGUUGUUUGGAAAAACGUGUGUGAACCUAAAUACAAGAAUAAAAUGUAAGUGAUUUGAAGAGGGGACUGCCAGGCUGUAACUGUGCCUUUGUGGAUUACAACU